AGUAUCGUCCCAACUUUUCACAAAGGUUAGCUCUUCUUUUCCAAAACUACUCUCAAUAAAAGUCUAAAAGCUUAACUGAGCAGCUAAAAGUAUACUCCAAAAUGGAAGAAAUAACCAGCAAAUCUCAUGUUCUAGUUCUCCCUUUCCCUGUACAAGGCCACAUAAAUCCAAUGGUUCAAUUUUCCAAACGUUUGGUAUCAAGAGGAGUUAAAGUAACCCUAGUUACUAUAGAUUCUAUUAGCAAAUCCAUGCCAAUGGAAUCUUGUUCAGUCAAAAUUGAGUCAAUUCCACAUGAUGAGUCACCACCAAAAAGUAUUGAUAUUUUUCUUGAAUGGUUCUUUGUUUUAAUAUCUAACAAUUUGAAAAAAAUUGUUGAGAAAUUAUUUGAUUCUGAAUAUCCUGUGAAAGUUCUUGUAUUUGAUUCAGUCACUGCUUGGGCGAUUGAUUUAGCACAUGAGUUAGGAAUUAAAGGGGCUGCUUUUUUUACACAAUCUUGUUCUCUUAGUGCUAUAUAUUAUCAUUUGGAUCCAGAAAUACGUAAAAUUAUUUUGGAUGGUUCUGCUGUUUCUUUGCCUUCACUUCCAUUGUUAGAAAAGGAAGAUUUGCCUUCUUUUGUGUAUGAGGGUGAUUCAUAUCCAUCUCUUGUAAGACUUGUCUUCAGCCAGAAUAUUAAUUUCAAGAAAGCAGAUUGGCUUUUUUUCAACACAUUUGAUGUGUUAGAGGAGGUGGUUGACUGGAUGAGGACUCAAUAUCCAAUCAAAACAAUUGGACCAACUAUUCCAUCAAUGUAUCUUGACAAGAGACUAAAAGAUGACAAAGAAUAUGGCUCAAGUCUUAUCAAACCUAAUGGUGAAACUUGUAUGAAAUGGCUAGAUUUGAAAGAAAUUGGCUCAGUUGUUUAUGUAUCAUUUGGAAGUUUGGCGAGUCUUGGAGAAAAACAAAUGGAGGAAUUAGCAUUUGGAUUAAUAAUGAGCAACUCCUACUUCUUGUGGGUAGUUAGAGAUACUGAAGAAAACAAACUUCCAAAUGAUUUCAUGUCAAAGGUAUCAGAAAAAGGACUAAUUGUGAAUUGGAGUCCUCAACUUGAUGUUUUAGCUCAUAAAUCAGUUGGAUGUUUCUUUACUCAUUGUGGAUGGAAUUCGACACUCGAAGCGUUGAGUUUAGGAGUGCCAAUGGUGUGUAUGCCUCAGUGGACAGAUCAACCAACUAAUGCUAAGUUUAUUAGUGAUGUAUGGCGAACGGGAAUUCGAGUUAAGGCUGGAAAAGAUGGUGUAAUUACAAGAGAAGAAGUAGCAAGUUCUAUAAGGGAAGUGAUGGAGGGAGAGAAAGGUGUAAUGCUAAAAGAGAAUGCAAUUAAAUGGAAAAAUUUGGCUAAGGAAGCAGUAGAUGAAGGAGGGAGUUCUGAUAAAAAUAUUGAAGAAUUUCUUUCCAACUUGUAAUGCACUAAAUUGAGUAUCAGAUUGAGAAAAGAUAUAUGUAUUUGACAAAAUUGAUCAAGUUACGCAUCAGAUUAAUAUUCUAAGUAAAUGUUAUGUUUAUUGCUAAAUUUCUCAGUAAAUCUUAGUGGCAAUUCAGUCUCUGUUUCAAGAAGAAAAUACUCUUGCUUUCUCAA